GCAGGAAAAAACCAUCACUCCGGGCGCACACACCUUCCGGGAGCCAGGGGCCGGUGCAGGCAGAGGCCACCCCUGUGUUGAUGGCCCGGCCUGUGACGUGCCACAGUCAUUUCGCGAGGAACUUCCUGUUGACCGGUGACGUGGGUCGGGAUUCUUGGGCGGCCACACAGGUUUGUGUCUGCGUCUGCGUGGGGCGAGACGGAGGACGGUGGGCCAGAUGCCUCUGGGAUCCCAGGACCUUCUCUGAAGCCCCGGGGUGGGGGCUGUCGUGCUGCAGGCGCCUUCGGAUCUUAGGAUAUCACGCUAUUUCCAGGAACCCAGAAAUGUGCGUGACUGAAGGAAACGUGUGGAGAUGGACAGUAGCUGGAAAGGCAUCCCGGCCGUGCUGGUCGUCCUGGCUGGGCUGGCAGCUUCUGGAUCCAGCUAUCAAAUCAUAGAAGGUCCCAAGAAUGCAACGGUGCUGAAGGGCUCGGAGGCUCGCUUCAACUGCACCGUCUCACAGGGCUGGAGGCUCAUCAUGUGGUCUCUGAAUGGCACGGUGGUGCUGAGCAUCACUCCCACGGAGCCCAUCAUCACCAACGACCGCUUUACCUCUGCCAGCUAUGAAGAGGGCGGCAACUCCAUCUCGGAGAUGAUAAUCCAUGACGUUCAGCUCGGUGACGCGGGGAUUAUUAAGUGCAGCCUCCAGAACAGUGACCGGGAUGCCUCUGCUUUCCUUUCUGUCCAAGUUAUGGGGGAGUUGCUCAUUCCCAGAGGCAACCUUGUAGUCACUGAAGAUGAAUCCUGUAAUGUGACUUGCCAUGCAUUGGGCUGGAUCCCACUCCCAAAUAUUUCCUGGGAGAUUGGGGUUCUGGUGAGCCAGUCAAGCCAUUAUUCUGGUCCGGAGCCCAACAACCUGCAAAGUGCAGUGAGUGUCCUGACUCUUACGCCUCAGGGCAAUGGGACUUUGACUUGUGUGGCUAACAUGAAGGAGUUGCUUGCCCACAAGUCUGUAACUGUCAAUCUUACUGUGGUUCAGCCUUCUAUGGGUAGCAUUGAUAAACCAGGUACAUCAUUGCCUACCUGGGUCAUAGUUCUGCUUGCAGUAUCAUUGUCAUUGCUUUUGAUCCUGAUAAUUAUUCUGAUUAUAAUAUUCUGUUGUUGUUGUGUCUCCGGGAAAGAGAAAAAAGAAUCUAGUUAUCAAAGUCAAAUAAGGAACUCUGCAAGUGUGAAGACAAAAAAAGAAACUUCUGAGAUAAACUUAAAAGGCGGGAGUGAAAACAAUGCCUAUAGCCUAGAUGAACCGAGGACAGCAAAGCUUGCUUCUCUCCCGCCAGAGUCCUCCGAAUCCAGUGCUCUGGAACAACACAGAAACAGGCAACCACAUCAGGGACGUGACCAUCAGUGGCCAGGCCCGGUAGGUCGCCCACAGGUUUCCUUCAUCAUGACCAGUCCUAGGACUGUCAGGAACGUGACUUUGGUCUAGUGAAGAUGUCCCUUCAGUUCCAUUUUGCACGAGGCUGAUGACCUGCAUCACACAAAUAUAGUCCUUCCUCUCUGCCCCAAGUGUGGGGUCCUGCUCUGCCAGUGGUACGAGGAAACAGUGAAGCUGGAAUAAUCUGAAUGGACACUUCGUAGUGAGAGAAGGAGUCUAUUUCCUCAUCUUCCAAAGUAGAAUUUGGCUUUCAAAAAUGUUUCAAGAUUUUAGUGAAUUCCACCAAGUAAAUAAGUAAAAGCUGCAAAUUCAUCAUCUUAAUUUACUUAUCACUCAACACUCCUUGCUAAUCCAAUAAAUGGCAGAUAAGCCUAUAUCCUACCAUGACUUUUUAAAUAUUUUUUUAUUUUAAAUCAUAUAAAGAUGAUAUUUAUGUAUGUUUAAUAUAUGGGGCAUUAUUGUAUAUUAUCCAUGAAAAAAGAGCAUACACAUUAGGAUCAAACAGAAAUCUAGGAUUGCCUGGAAAAUCAGAAUUUAUGGGUUAGGAGUAAGAUUAAAAUCAAAGCCGAUAUGCAUAUUGUGAAAUAUUUCAUCAUUGGAUAUUUAUAUGAAGACAUUCACUUUUAUCUGCUCCUUAUCAUUCUUGCUCUCGUGUUGUCCAAUGGGUUAGAUGUGGAUUACACCUUGUGGGGGAUGUACCUUACAUGUCACAAAUGCUGUGAAAAAACUGGAAAUGGAUAACAUGUUCUUUAAGAAAUAAAAGAGAAAACA